AUGGCUUCCUCGGUCAACUUCAGAGUUGCUGAGACGUCAGACUCAGAUAGCGACAGUUACCGCCAAAAUCCUCGCUCUCAUGCUGCUACUGGAGCGUCUGCGGCAGGUACUCGUGCCCUCAGUGCACAGCUUAUAGCCUUUUACUUUCGAGCGCCGGUCAAAGCGUUUUUUCGCACUCGUGUUGAUUAUAUGGCCUUUCCCCGAGCGAUAAACCCCCGAAUCCAAGAAAAUAAAUGGUCGUUCCAUACAACUACUCCUGGCUUGAUCGCCCACGCUGUGCGCGUUCAUGGCUGGAGGUUCUUGCCGAAUCAAGUGCUCCCUCCCCUACUUGCCAACACCACUGUCGGCGCUAUUCUUUACACAUCCUAUCUACAAGCUUUAGGUGCCCUUCAUGCUCCGGCGAAGGAAGGAAAAGGAAGGAUCUACCCCCCAGCACUUCCUUCCAGUACCUUUGCAGCAGGUUUCUCAGCAGGAGCGAUACAGUCACUGAUUGCGGCGCCUCUUGAUGCUCUCCAAGUUCGAUUACGUACAAGCGGCGUACUGGAAGGACAGUAUCAAAACAUGUGGGAGUAUGGCUGGAAGAAAUUGAGGGAGAUUGGCGUUCGUGGAAUAUUUGCAGGAUGGUCGCUCUCGUUUAUGCGCGACUCUCUCGGGUAUGCCGUCUUUUUCUCUUCCUUUGAAUAUGUCAAAUCGCAAGCAUAUUACUCUUAUAUCAUUUGGUAUUAUGGAAGUCUACAACGAAAGGACCCGUCGAGGAUUACAGCUCUUCAAGACUACAAGAAAACCACGAUCAAGCCACACUACGCUCUUGAACCCUGCUUCCUUCUAGGCGCAGGAAUCGCUGCGUCUAUUUCUCAACAGAUCAUCUCAUAUCCUCUGGCAAUCAUUCAAAAUUUACAUUAUGGUCGUUUGGAAUACCUGGACCAUCAGGCUACGCUGCGUCACUCGCGCCCGCAAAUGUUGAAACACUACUAUCACGCCUACCAGGAGACUUUCAAGCGAUGCCAGAAGAGAGCCAACAGAAGCGGAGGUUGGAUGCGAUGGCUCUACAGAGGGUUUUUACGCAACAGCAUUCGUCAGGUGCCCAGCACCAGUGCCGGCCUUGUGAUUUUCGAGCUUAUGCGGAGGAAAUAUGCCACUGCGGCUGACACGCUACUUAUUCAGAAGGACGGCUUCGAUAUCCUCUUGACCAAUUAA